CCGGUUUGUCUGAUAAUCCCAUUUUGAGAGACAAAUUAAAUUUUUUUAUCUCAGAAGGGCAAAAGGAGAGAUCCCAAAGCGUUUCUAGGGUUUCCUAGGCGAUCCGCCAUGAUUUUGUGUGGAGCUCGGCUGGCUACUCUUCGUCCGUCACCGCUCUUUCUCUCCGCAGUCGUCUUGUUUCUAUGCUUUCUCGGCUCGAGCGAUGUUCUUCUCGCUGCCGCUACCGAUGACGCCCCCCACGACGAUGGUGAAGAUAAGGAACUGGUUAAAUGGCAUCGAAAGUACAAAUAUAGUUGGGCUUACUGCUAGAUUUGGUUCCUCUCUGCCAAGACAUUCUGCUGAAGCCCAUCAAUGGCCCAUUGCUCUUGCCAAUCCCUUCAACUGCUGUGCCAAUCUGACUCCAAAGCUAUCAAAUUCGAUCGUCUUGGCCACUCGUGGAGAUUGCACAUUUACAGCGAAGGCAAUUUUUGCGCAGACAGGUGGUGCAACAGGCUUACUGGUGAUAAAUGAUGAUGAAGAACUUUACAAGAUGGUAUGCAGUGACAACGAUACUUCAAUCGCUAUCACUAUUCCCGUGGUGAUGAUACCAAAAUCAGCUGGAGAUCGGUUAUCGGAUUUGUUGGCUAAUGGAGGGAGAGUGGAAGUCCUCUUAUAUUCUCCGGAACGACCUACUGUGGAUAUAUCCGCAACCUUUUUGUGGUUGAUGGCCGUUGGAACGAUUGUAUGUGCUUCUUUAUGGGCCGAAUUCGUUGCUUGCGAACCCGUUGAAGAGCGAUACAAUCAGUUGGAAUGGAAGGAGCAGACUGAUGCCGGAAUGAUCAACAGGGAAAAUGAGAAAGAAAUUCUGGAGAUUAAUGCCAAGGGAGCUGUAAUUUUUGUAAUUGCAGCAUCAGCAUUUCUCAUGCUGCUGUUCUUUUUCAUGUCCUCCUGGUUUGUUUGGCUGCUGAUUGUCUUGUUCUGCAUUGGCGGCGUGGAGGGAAUGAAUGUUUGCUUAGUAGCACUUUUGUCAAGGGUAUUCAGAAAUUGUGGCCGGAUGACGACACGGCUUCCAAUUUUAGGGGAGGUCCUUGUUCUCUCUGUUGUUAUGCUACCACUGUGUACAGUUUUUGCCGUUUUUUGGGCUGCUAAUCGGCAUGCGUCAUAUGCUUGGAUAAGUCAAGAUAUUCUUGGCAUCUGCUUAAUGAUCACCGUAUUACAAAUGGCCCGCCUACCAAAUAUUAAGGUUGCUUCAGUACUCCUAAGUUGUGCCUUUGUGUAUGAUGUAUUCUGGGUGUUCAUAUCUCCACUUAUAUUUCAUGAAAGUGUUAUGAUUGCAGUUGCUCGUGGCGACAAUAGUGGAGAGACGAUUCCGAUGCUUUUGAGAAUUCCUCGUUUUUUCGAUCCUUGGGGCGGCUAUGAUAUGAUCGGCUUUGGGGACAUACUUUUUCCUGGUCUACUAGUUGCAUUCAGUUACAGAUAUGACAGAGCCAGCAGGAAGGGAAUCCUCAAUGGUUAUUUUCUUUGGCUAACACUUGGAUACGCAUUUGGUCUAUUGCUAACUUACAUUGCUUUGUAUCUUAUGGACGGCCAUGGCCAACCUGCUCUGCUCUAUCUUGUUCCUUGCACAUUAGGACUUAUUGUCAUAUUGGGUUGGAUGAGAGGAGAACUGAGCGAUCUGUGGACUUAUGGGAGGAGUCAGUCAAGAGAUAGGAUUGCUGCAGAUGUUUGAUCACCAUCAUUACAGUUUUUAAUGCAUUUCGUGAUGAUGAUUUGGGAUUUAAUCAUCUCUAAUAUUGUACACAAAUUUAAUUACAAUUUAACACCCCUGUAAAUGUAAAUUUAAAUAUAUUUAUUUAAUUUGACAUAAAUGUACUCCCAUGUAUCAUUCCAAUGUUGGCAAUCAGCUGAUUAUAUUCUGGCUUUUGUUUA